GCGUUGGCGAUAUUGUAGCAGGCGGAGUCGGAGGAGAGGAAGAGCUCUGUGGCUAUCGCUCUUUCUUCUUUCUCACCGCUUGUCUCUUGAGUGUUAUAGAAGAGCGGGGCAGGGAGAUUGUUGUUUAUUGGGAGGAAAGAUUUAAUCUUGUGUGGUGUAAAAAGGAAAUCUUUGUCGGUGUUUUCUAGGUUUUACGAUGGAGCGCGCGCGAAAGCUGGCUGGUCGGGGGAUUCUACGGGGCUUGAUCUCGCAGACAAGGUCGUCGACGGGGACGCCCGCCGGCACGCGCCAGAUAUCUUCGCUUGCGCCGUCUUCGGUCUUUCCGGCUGGAAAUUCUCUCUUCCGGCCCACCGCCGCCGAGUCCUUGCUCCGCAAUGGCCAAUCCCGGUCCAUCUCCGUCGAAGCCCUCCGCCCCUCCGACACCUUUCCUCGCCGCCACAACUCCGCCACGCCCGAGGAGCAAUCCACCAUGGCGACAUCUUGCGGCUUCCCCUCACUCGAAGCCUUAAUCGACGCAACCGUGCCCAAAUCCAUCCGCCUCCCCGGAAUGAAGUUCUCGAAGUUCGACGCUGGACUCACGGAGUCUGAGAUGAUCGAUCAUAUGAGCCGCCUCGCCUCCAAGAACAAGGUGUUCAAGUCCUUCAUCGGGAUGGGAUACUACAACACCUUCGUCCCCGCCGUCAUCCUCCGCAACAUCAUGGAGAACCCGGCGUGGUACACGCAGUACACCCCCUACCAGGCCGAGAUAGCCCAGGGACGCCUCGAAUCGCUUCUCAAUUACCAGACCAUGAUUUCCGACCUCACCGCCCUCCCGAUGUCCAACGCCUCCCUCCUCGACGAGGGCACCGCUGCCGCAGAGGCCAUGGCGAUGUGCAACAACAUCCAGAAGGCUAAGAAGAAGACCUUCAUAAUCGCCUCGAACUGCCACCCACAGACUAUCGACAUCUGCAAGACCAGGGCCGACGGGUUCGACAUCAAGGUCGUGGUCUCCGACCUCAAGGACUUCGAUUACAGGUCAAACGAUGUGUGCGGAGUCCUUGUUCAGUACCCCGGCACUGAAGGUGAGAUCUUGGACUACGGGGAGUUCAUCAAGAACGCGCACGCUCACGGCGUCAAGGUGGUGAUGGCGACAGACCUGCUUGCACUGACCUUGCUUAAGCCCCCGGGUGAGCUCGGGGCCGACAUCGUCGUUGGAUCUGCACAGAGGUUUGGAGUUCCGAUGGGCUACGGUGGUCCACAUGCAGCGUUCCUGGCGACGUCGCAGGAGUAUAAGAGGAUGAUGCCCGGCAGAAUCAUUGGAGUCAGUGUUGACUCCACUGGCAAGCCGGCACUGCGGAUGGCAAUGCAGACAAGGGAGCAGCAUAUUAGGAGAGACAAGGCCACCAGCAACAUCUGCACUGCUCAGGCAUUGCUUGCAAACAUGGCCGCAAUGUAUGCUGUCUACCAUGGCCCUGAAGGCCUCAAAGCUAUUGCCCAGAGGGUCCAUGGUCUUGCUGGAGCCUUUGCACUUGGAUUAAAGAAGCUAGGGACUGUGACUGUUCAAGACCUUCCAUUCUUUGAUACAGUAAAAGUCCAUUCUUCUGAUGCAAAUGCAAUUGCUGAAGAGGCAUGCAAGAAUGAAAUUAAUCUCCGGGUCGUCAACUCCAAAACGAUAACUGUGUCCUUUGAUGAGACAACAACCAUUGAGGAUGUUGAUAGGCUUCUCAAAGUUUUUAAUCGUGGCAAGCCUAUCAACUUCACUGCAGAGUCACUAGCUCCAGAAAUACAGACAUCUAUUCCAAAGGGCCUUGUCAGAGAAAGUCCAUUUUUGACACACCAAAUCUUUAACUUGUAUCACACAGAACAUGAGCUACUGCGGUAUCUCCACAAGCUACAAUCCAAAGAUCUUUCUUUAUGCCACAGUAUGAUCCCUCUUGGAUCUUGCACAAUGAAACUCAAUGCUACUGCAGAGAUGAUGCCUGUGACUUGGCCUAGCUUUGCGAAUCUUCACCCUUUUGCCCCUACUGACCAGACUCAAGGAUACCAAGAAAUGUUUGAUGAUCUUGGUCAGCUUCUGUGUAAAAUCACUGGAUUUGAUUCUUUCUCAUUGCAACCAAAUGCUGGUGCUGCCGGUGAAUAUGCUGGGCUCAUGGUCAUUCGUGCUUACCAUUUUUCAAGAGGAGAUAGCCAUCGUAAUGUCUGCAUCAUUCCCGUUUCUGCUCAUGGGACAAAUCCGGCAAGUGCAGCUAUGUGUGGAAUGAAGAUUGUUGCUGUUGGAACAGAUUCCAAGGGUAAUAUUAACAUAGAAGAAUUAAGAAAAGCAGCUGAGGCCAACAAGAACAAUUUGUCUGCUCUGAUGGUUACCUACCCAUCUACUCAUGGAGUCUAUGAAGAAGGCAUUGAUGAAAUUUGCAAGAUUAUCCAUGACAAUGGCGGACAGGUUUACAUGGAUGGUGCUAACAUGAAUGCUCAGGUCGGCCUCACUAGUCCAGGCUUUAUUGGAGCCGACGUCUGCCAUCUUAACCUCCACAAGACAUUUUGCAUUCCACACGGCGGAGGUGGCCCAGGAAUGGGACCCAUUGGAGUGAAGAAGCAUUUGGCUCCAUUUUUACCAUCACACCCCGUGGUGCCUACUGGUGGGAUACCUCUCCCUGAGAAGACCCAGCCACUUGGUGCGAUAUCUGCAGCACCAUGGGGAUCUGCACUCAUUCUGCCAAUCUCAUACACAUACAUAGCCAUGAUGGGUUCCAAGGGGUUAACCGAAGCUUCAAAGAUUGCGAUACUCAAUGCGAACUACAUGGCAAAGCGCCUCGAGAACUAUUAUCCUAUUCUUUUCCGAGGAGUCAAUGGAACCGUUGCUCAUGAAUUCAUUGUAGACUUGAGGGGGUUCAAGACUACUGCUGGUAUUGAGCCUGAAGAUGUUGCCAAGCGUCUAAUGGAUUACGGAUUCCAUGCGCCAACGAUGUCUUGGCCAGUGCCAGGGACACUCAUGAUCGAACCCACAGAGAGCGAAAGCAAGGCAGAGUUAGACAGGUUCUGCGACACCCUUAUUUCCAUCAGGGAAGAAAUUGCACAGAUUGAGAGUGGAAAAGCUGAUAUUAACAACAAUGUUUUGAAGGGUGCUCCUCAUCCUCCUUCAUUGCUAAUGGCCGAUACCUGGAGCAAACCCUACUCGAGGGAGUACGCAGCUUUCCCUGCCGCAUGGCUCCGAGGCGCCAAGUUCUGGCCAACUACAGGGCGUGUCGAUAAUGUGUACGGCGACCGAAACCUCAUCUGCACUCUUCUUCCUGUGUCGCAAAUGGCUGAAGAAGAUGCAGCUGCUACUGCCUAAGACAUUGGCAACCAUUGCACCGUCCCCUGGUCACUACUUUAGGUUGUACAUAUGCAAUGUGGGAACACUAGUUCCUUCCAUGAAACUACCAAAACACUUUCCUCUUGCUUAAUAUGUUGCUCUCUCUGCAACUUAUUCCAAACUUUCUUCUGUAGAAUUCUGUCAAUUUACAAAUCAAUGACGAAUGAUAUCAUGUUCUAGCUCU